AUGACUGGGCUCAACCUUACUGGUUGUGACAAGGGCCCUGCAAGUGUGGGCAAACAUAUAGGAGAGCUGGGCAUUACCUGCAAUGUCCUUGGGGCACUAGCUGAAGCCAUUGGUGCUGCAGGGGGUCCAUCCCCUUUGGGCAUCAUGCUUCAUGGAAUGCCUGGUGCCCUUGCUCUUGACAUCUCUCUUCCCCCCCUUCUGACAGAUAAGCAGGUGGAUCUUCUCAGCUCUAUGUUGGUGGCUUGGCAGUGA